UCAACUAAUAAGAGACAAUAUGCUCUUCCCUCACCAAGAAAGACUCAUUCUCUAUAUUCUGUGUAUCUUGAUUUUCCAAUAUUGCUAUGGGUUCAUCCUCUGUCCAUCCAUAGGUUUUGUAUUCCCUUAAUUUUGUGGGGUGUCUGCAAGUACAUUUCUUUUGGGUCGAAUCGGGAUGCAAAUUAAGCUGAUUCACAGUAAAGUUUUGGUCACGAGUUUUCACCUCAUGACUCAAAGGAAGGAUAAUUGUGUUGUAUCACAUCACACAUUCUGGCAAAGUGGUACUAGAGUUCUAAUGUCAAAGGCUAAAGAAGCACUACAAAAGCAUGAUCAAGAAAUCCAGUCUCUCUCCAAUAAAGCAAUCUCUUCUCCAAAAGUCAGAGGUAUGUCAUUCUCUCUUUUCUUAAUUAUAUCUUUAUUCUAUGACUUGGUAAUGUAUAUAACUAAGUGAUUAGAAAAUCUAAUCGAUUUUCACCAGUGAUUAGAAAUAGGAAAAGUAUACAGAACCAAGAGGUGAUCAGGUAAAAAGUAAACAACUUAACUAAUUUAUAAUUAUAUUUAAUUAAUUUUAUUUGUUUUUAAUUUAUAAUAUUUAAUAUUAAUUGCUUCUCACCUCAAAUUAAAACUCAAAUUAAAAUUCUAAAUGAUACGUUGGAGAAAUAGGGGUGGGGUUCACGGUGCAGUCCCAUUCUCCAGAGAUGUUCCUCACUUGAAGAAGCCUAGCAUGGGUGGUGUAAUUACUCUUAAUGAAUCGUAUGAAACUUUGGUGCCGUCAUCGCUGUAUCACCCAGAGAUUUUUGCCAUCAAGCUUGAUAGAUGCCAGAUAAUUGGAGUGAAUCAAGCCUGAAGGAUUUGAGAGAUUCAAUGAUCUGGUUGACAAUGGCCAUCCCGGAGUCGCUCUCAGUGCCUGCAGCCGAGGCCACCGCAGCUGUGCUAGUGCUCCAAAGGUCUUUCACGGAUGUUAUUUUGGAAGGAGAUAGCAAUCAUAGCAUUAUGGUUGUCAAUGCUCUCCUGGCUCCACACACACCAGUUUGGGCUUUCGGUUUCUAAUGAAAAGGCCCUUUUAUAAAUUUUCACAUUGUACAUGUUGACAGAGGGUAAUGUAGUGGCUCACACUUUAGCACAAUAUUUAACCAAGUUAAUUUGGAUAUCUUGAAUAUGCAAUGGUAACAUAAUAUCAGAAAAAAGGAAAGCCCCACCCACUAGAUCUUUGGCAUAUUAAAAGGAAGGAGCAUUGACUUGCUUUCACACCAAAGUCGUACGCGUCUUCUUUCAUUCAUCCAUCAGUUGCUUACAGGAAAGAGAGCAGUUGAGACUAGCAGGAGGGUUUGAUUCACUUGAUCCGGCCUCGACAAUGAUGGACCAAAUCUUUAUCGUCAUUAUAAUUGUUGGGCUUAUUAUAGGUAUAUUAGGGGUUUCUGCGUAUAGAAACUUCUUGGUUGUUCUUCCCAUCCUACUCUUGAAAGAUCCUACCAAACCAGCAGAACAUCUUGUUUCUUAUCUUCUUCUGCCUGUAUCUGUGAAGUUAUUAGCAUGGGUUACCUCUGGGAUUUGCACCGAUAUAUUUGGAAGCGAAAAGGUUGUUGGAAUCAUAAUCAUUGCCCUGUCGCUGAUGAUGGAGUUCUUAAGGGUUACUGGUUUAGUAGGUAACGAAUUCUACAUAUGCGGGUUUGGUUUUCUGGAGGGUGCUACCAAAAUUGUUGGAGCUAUAUUAAUAUCCCGGAGAGCAGGCAGAGUGAAUGCUGGAUGGGUCAUUUUUUCAGCGAUUUAUUUGCAAUGUCUAGUAGCAUUGAGUUCCGAGAUACGUUCUAUGACGAAGUUCACUGACAUCCCAUCACCAUCUGAUGUCCACCGUAUAUAUGCUUUCAGAAUCUUCGUGCCUGGGAAGGUAGUGGUAACCGUGAUAACAACCUGUCUGGCGGUGGGGUACGGGUUCUACUGCUAUUGGAAGAGGCCAAUUUGGGCGCAACUUCGUCAACAAACACAUCACGAGUUCUUGAUGGUAAUUGCCGGCAUUUCGUUUUUAAGCGGCCUUAGCUAUCUCAGUCAGCUAUUAUACCUAAACUUGAUUUUCCGGUCCGCUCCGUUGGUCCCUCCUGCCAAUCUAAAAACGCUUCUGCUUAUUGCCAUACUGGUGUUCGUCUGCCUGGUUUUCUUCAGUCGUCACAAUUACCGUUGCUUGAUUUUCGUGGUGUUUUUCAUUCUUAAGGCUACCUUCAUGGUAAAUGCUUUUUGUCAGACUCCCUUCAAGAAGGAAGAUUACGGACUCGAGCUUUUUUGGCCAUAUUUUAUUGACAACACCAUCUCUAAUGUUGUAAAUGCAACCAUAGUUGUUGUCGCUGCAGAGAGCUUCCCUGAAGAGACUAGGGCUGCUUGCCUUGUUAUAUCAGGUGCUGCUGGUAUGCUUGGAGAAAUUCUGGCCGCCCUUUGGUUCUUACGCGCAGGACACCGUAUCCGGGUGAGUUUCUUUCUCCUUGUUGUAAUCAGUUUGAUUGCAGUUUUUACGAGUGUUGCGGUGCCAGACCCACCUAACAACCAGCAGAAUCCAGCGCCGCCGAACAACCAGCAGGACAACCAGCAGAAUCCAGCACCGCCGAACAACCAGCCUGGAGAUCACCAAGAGUAAUAAUCAUAGUGCCGUCAUAAUCUUAUUUAUCAAGCUUAAACAAGUCUCUUGUUAUUGUAAUGAACUACUUAUGGACAUGAGAUAAGUUUCCACAUGUCAGUAAGGUUAAAUAAAAGUAUAAAACACAUGCUUUGGACAUGUGUAUGUGUUAA